CCUACAACCGCCAGUGCCGUUCUCCGCUGCUAUUUUGAUUGUUCUUAUAGACAAAAUUUCGCAAGAAUAUCUUCGUUUACAGUAGCUCUCCUGUGUUUUAUCAUAAAGUCUCAAUAUCUUGCAACCGCCAAGUGACUUAAACCGUUCCACUCGUACGUUGAAUGAAUUAGCAAUCGGUGAAAGCAAACAUGAUUCGUGCUACGGCUAACCUGGCUCGCCUGCCGCUGCGAGGGAUGUCUGCCAUAACCGGUAUUACCGGUCAAAACUACCCGGCACUUCUUAAUUCACAAAUGGAUAAGGCUCUACUUCACUCGGCACAGGUCCGAUAUAAAUCGACCCCCAUUAAUACCAUUAUAAUGUUCGUUCCGCAACAAGAGGCAUGGAUCGUGGAACGAAUGGGAAAGUUUCACCGAAUUCUGGAGCCAGGUCUUAACGUCCUGCUGCCCGUUGUAGACCGAGUUAAGUACGUGCAGAGUCUCAAGGAAAUUGCUAUCGACGUUCCAAAGCAAUCGGCAAUCACCUCGGAUAACGUCACGCUCAGCAUAGAUGGCGUGUUGUACUUGCGGAUCCUGAAUCCCUACCAUGCCUCGUACGGUGUGGAAGAUCCGGAGUUUGCAAUCACUCAGCUCGCUCAGACCACGAUGAGAUCCGAGCUGGGAAAGAUGUCUCUGGACAAGAUCUUCCGCGAGCGUGAAUCACUUAAUAUCAGCAUUGUGGAUUCGAUUAACAAGGCCUCCGAAGCGUGGGGCAUUACCUGCCUCCGAUAUGAGAUCCGUGACAUCAAGCUGCCCAGUCGAGUUCACGAAGCGAUGCAGAUGCAGGUCGAGGCAGAGCGUAGGAAACGAGCCGCAAUUCUAGAGUCGGAGGGUGUUCGAGCAGCGGAGAUCAACGUAGCAGAAGGUAAGCGACAAAGUCGCAUCCUGGCCUCCGAAGCUCAAAAGCAGGAAGAAAUCAAUCGAGCUCACGGUGAAGCUGCUGCCCUGUUGGCUGUUGCUAACGCACGUGCCAAGGGUCUGACAAUGGUUGCGAACUCAUUACAAUCCAAGCAGGGUCGAGAUGCAGCCUCGCUGGCCGUAGCCGAAAAGUAUGUGAACGCGUUUGAGAAUCUGGCGAAAAAGAAUAAUACGCUGAUCGUACCAUCCAAUGCUUCUGAUGUGACGACGAUGGUUGCUCAAGCAAUGCAAAUCUAUAAUAGCCUGUCGGAGGAAAGGAAAGACGCCCAGACCAGCGACCCAGUCGCUGAAACUACCCUAGCGGAUACUGCCCUCAAUGAAUCCAUUAGUAAAGUUCCCGAAAAGUCGGUUUAGAAAUGUUAAUUGUAACGGCAGCAUUUAAAACAAAAACAAGUUUCGGCAAGUCGGAAAUAUUAAAAAAUGUUAAGCAGUACAAA